UCCAUGCUGUUUCAUUACUGUUAUUCAUUUGAUUUAGCUUUGUGUGAGAGGGUGCUUUUAAAGCCACUUGUGACACAUCAGACAGCAUCAGCAUUGUUGUUUUUUUGUUUGUUAAAUAUUAGAAACAUUGUAGUAUCAUUUUGUCAAGCUGGUGGUGUUCAAAUUAAAGACACAGAUCUAUGAUAGUAAGAGAGACUAUAAGAAGCUAUUAGUACAGGAGACUGUUUGGCUGCCUGAUCUCUGGGAUGGUAAUUCUGGUAUGUAGACAGUAUCUUUUCAUAGCCCCAAUGUUUCAUGAGCAGAAAAGGGAACACCCCAGUAUCAAGACUAAACAAGUGAUGCUGUUUUACUUUGAACUGUGUUAAAAAUAAGAUUACCAUUCUCAUGGUAAUAUUUUCUUAGCAUAGUUGUCAAGCUGUACGGUUCACGGCUGAUACGGUUCAUUUAAUUUUGCUGCUGGUACAUUGUCCCAUAUCAUUAUACAUAGUCACAAUUGUAUUAGGUUGUCCAAACCACAUUUAUGAUCAGAAGAGUUUCAGAUGACUGCAUUUUUUGUAUAUUUUUUUUUUUACUCUUUAUUGUGUUUCACAAUAUCAAAUUUCUUUGUUUAUAAAGUUAACACUGAUUGAGGUGAACAGUCACGUUCGUACUGUCCAAUCAGUUGAACAUAAAGGACAGAGCCACGCUAUUUUAGUUAUGUUAGCGUCUUGAUUCUGUUAUCUAUACAAAACAUGUGUGUGUGAGAGAGAUUGGUCAAAUGUAUUAAACAAAUGUGUUGAAUCCCUAUCAUGUAAGACAUCAUGGGUGAGUGAAUGCAUCCUGUGUAUCCUCAGUGAAGUGUUUCUUCUGAAGGUCAGUGCAAAAUCUGUACCACUGUACUUACUUCCUGAGUAUGCUUUUGUCACAGCUGACAAAACAUUACCAAUGUGACAUUUGGAAUUAUUUAUAUUCAUUUGUCUCAGCUUUGUAUAGAUUGUUUUAUUAUUUUUUCUAUUUCAGGGACAGAAUGCUUGCUGUUUUAACAGACUGUCCAUAAGACCAAUUGUAAUCAGUUACUGUCAAUGGCAUCAGACCAAGUGUAGCAAUUAUGUGUUGUCAGUGUGUCGACAUAUUUUUUCCGUUGCCUUAUAGGGAGGGAAAAAGAUGAAUCAAUGGAUAGAGUUGCCAUCGUGGUUGUUAAAUUUCUCAUGCUCACACCAUGUGACAGUUGACCUGGUUAUCUGUAUUAAUAUGAAUAUAAAUUAUAUGUUUUCAUUACAGUAAUGUAAAAAAGGUUUUUUUCUGUCUGUUCUUUGGCUGCAAACAAAAAGGUUGACGUCUACUCAGUCCUUUUGUACAUGUAGUUUGUCAGGUAGUCCCACUGUAAAUGUUAUCAGCGCUACUGGACAAUAGUGUACUGUAUAUGUAUAAACUCAGUAAGUUCUCUGGUGUAAGUGUGUGUAUCGGGAGCAGGGUCGUCUGUCUUGAUGGGUGUGAAUGUUGUGUCAUGAAUGAACUGCAUGUAUUUGAUCACAGUAUCAGUCACUGAAAAAUGUUAUUUGACCUCCACUGUCCAUCUAAGAAAUGGUGGCCAAAUCCAUGUGUGUACGGGAAUUAGCCGAUAUUGUGUAAUGGAAAAUAAAUAAAACAUACCUGUCAAUCAAAAUCAUCCCCCUCUUUAAUACCAACAGAUUACGUAAACGUUCUGUUUUAUAGCCUAUGUAGCCCAUUGUCUCUAGGCAUUUUCUAGUAGCGCUACGUUUUCAGUCCACUCGUGUUUUUCUUUAUUACGUCAAGUUCUUUCGAGAUUGUGACGUUUCACGGUUUCCUUGGCAACAGUAUUGUCCGACGCCCAGCGAGCACCUGUGAAAAAAUUAACCACUUGCCACUAGUUGCGCUCUCCCUCACUCGCGCGAUACACCGUUUAUCAGAUGGACACGGGUGAUUUUACCGCUCCCAGGGCGGAGACGCCUUUUAAGGUUGAGGGAGCCUAUGAGAACCAUGGCAGUGACAGGUGCACACCGGAAUCCGAGUCUGUCAGCGACUCGUCAGAAACCGUCAGCGAAACCUACAGUGUUUUGAUGGCAGAACUACACAAAGAGAUAAACGAAUGUGAUAUUUCGCACAAGGAGGAACUCCAUGCAUUUUUAUCUUCCAAACUGAAGCCUCUGCUAGACAAAUUUGUCUGCGGGAUGUCCAAGGUUCACCACUUGUCUGAGCAGCUUCAGCUAGCUCUGGAGUUCACGGGGUCCCUCUCCCCAGAUGACAAAGACCCUUUGGACAAGCAGACACAACUCUGUGUGCCCUUGCUGAAGGAUAUGCUUUCCAAGAUUGGCUUUGAGAAAAACAUGGAUGACCUGCAGAACUACCUGAUCUCCUCUGACCGCGCAUGCCUGCUCUCUGAUCUGGAGGCCCUGAGGAUGGAGCUGAGAGACCUUCAGCAACGCCACCAGGUCACCACCCAGGGUCUACAAGAGUCGCUGCACGCCACGGAGGAGCACUACAAGGCCCUCAUCGCCCGGCUGCAGCAGGGCCUCCAGUCCUCUGAGACCCAGGUGCAGUAUCUGCAACAGCUCUUCAGAACAUCCGAGGAGAACGUGGAGACGCUACGCAGCAGCCUGCACACCUCCAAGGAGGAGAAGCAGAGUCUGCAGCAGGACCAGUGCGUGUCCGAGGACUGCCUCCGGGUGCUGAACCAGGAGCUCAGUGGCUAUGAGGGCCGCUUGCAGACCAUCCAACAGCAGCUCCAGGUCUCAGAGGAGAGCGUGCAGUUGCUGCAGAAGAACCUGCGGGUCUCGGAGGAUCUGUGUCAGUCCCUGCAGCAGCGGCUACUUCUCUCCGAGGAGAAGGCCCAGACACUGCAGGAGGCCGCAGAGCUGUGGGAGGGCCAGGCCAAGAGCACUGAUUCCCAGAAGCAGCUGCGCGAGAAGGAGCUGGAGGCCGUGCACGAGCAGAAGGUGAAGAAGCUCAUGCGGGCCUUCAGGACCAGCAAGGAGAACCUGGAGAGUCAGCAGCAGGAAGCUCUGAGAUGUCUGAAAGAGGCAGCGGAGAGAGAGAGAGCCCUGCGGGAGGCAGUGGCCACAGAACAGACACAGCACCAGAGAGAAAUAGAAAAGCUCCAGGAAGACGCAGAUAGGGCCAAAGAGGACAAGGUUAAAGUGGAACACACGCUGCGGGGACAGAUUAUUGGCCUGAAAAAUCAACUAGUGGAGGAACUCUGCAGGGCAAACAAAAAGUUGGAGGGAUCAGCAAAGUAUGAGAAGGAACUCCAAGAUACUGUUAAGGAUCUGAGAAAAGCCCUGCGUCAGCAGAAGGAGGGCUGUGAUCUAGCCUUGGACUGCUUGAGAAAGAGGCACCAUGAUGUGACUACAGUCCAGCGCCUCCUGGAAGCCAACAUUCAGUACUGCAGCCUGGCUUCAGUGCGUCCUGAGACACAGACCCUGCAUAAUGCCCCCUUGAGGGCCCAGAGCAGUCCACUCCAGCCUCAGGAGCUGCGGCAGGACCUGCAGGAGGUGAAAACCCAGCUGGACUCUGCCACGAAGAAGGAGGAGCAUGUGCACCAUGAGGACAGGCAGGGGAGAGGGAAGUGGGAGGAGGUGCUGAAGGGGGCUGAGGACUGGCAGAGAGAGGCGGAGGGACUGGUGAACAGCCUUGAGUAUGUGAAGAUGGAUCUCGCACUGAAAGGAGCACAGAGAGAUGCUAAUGACGGGCCAUGUGCUCUGUCCUCUCCUCCCAGCACUGCCCCUUCGUCUCGCCCGCACUCUGCGGGGAUGGACUUACAAAGACCAGCUGCUGUGGAAGACUGCUGCCCUGCCGGGACAAACAACGAGUCUUUAGCAGCUGUCCAGAGGAGGCUUAGAAACCUGCAGACAGGUAGGUGUGCACAUCUGACCAUUAGCAAUGCCUCUUGUCAGAAUCAUUUCAUUGUAUAUUGGUUUUCAACCUAUGUAUGUAUUGUCUUCACAGUUCAUUUUCAGAAGAAUCUAAAGGAGUUUCUUCGAUUGCCAUAGACUACACAUUAUGAAAAGCAAUGCUGCCUAUUACAUUUAGAAACUCAGCGCAUUUAAUUCAUUAAAAAAAAAUUCUGUCAUGA